AUGCUGAAAGAAAAGGUUGAUAAGAAAAGAAACUUGAAUGAUAUUGAAGAAAUCCAGUUAUCAGCUAAUAGUGGGGACAUCAUUGUAAACCAUCGGGUUGUCAAGCAAAAGCAUAAAAAUCAGUUCCUCAUAUCGCGUACACUUGGGGAAGCACCAGCAGGUAAGGCUUUGUGUGAUUUACGUGAGACCGUUAAUUUAACGUCUUUGUCUGUUUUUGUGCAGUUUAACAUAGGGAAUCUAAAACCAUCAACAAUCAAGCUGAAAAUGGGGGAUGAAAUAAUUGCACAUGCUAUUAGUAUAGUUGAAGAUGUCUUGGUGAAAGUUGACAAUUUUCAUUUUCCUAUAGAUUUUUUGGUGGUUAACAUGCAGGCAGACAAGAGUGUUCCACUUAUCCUUGGUUAA